AUGGCGGCGGCGGCGGCUGCUGCUGCUGCUGUGGGUGAGGAGUCUCGGCCGGCGCUCAGCCUCUGGGAGCAGAUCUGUGCAGACUAUGAAGCAGAGCAACCUCAGCAUCCUGACAAUAUUAAACAAAAAGAGGAGCCCGUGCUUGUCAUUCAGGCUCCUCUGGAUGAUAGAGCUCUGAUACCUCUUGGUGCAGAUGAAGGUGAAUUGGCACUGACUGAGGAAGGGGUUCCUUCAAAGCCCCCUUCUCCCCUUGUGCUACCGCUAUCACCCAAACUACCCUGUCUGAAAACAUGUUCUCCAAGAGAAUUCUUAGAACACUUUAUAUUUCCAGUGCUUCUCCCAGGGAUGACAGAACUGUUGCAUCAGGCUAAGAAGGAAAAAUGUUUUGAGAGAAAAAGAACAAAAUUUAUCGCCCUUGAUUUCCUGACUGAAUGGUUGUACAAUCGCAACCCGAAGAGGAAAGAUGAACCAUUUGUAGAAUUCUUCGAGAUCCCUUUUGUGAAGGAUUGGCUAAAGGACCAUCCUAGGCCACCAAUUCCAAUAUCUCUGCUGUUAUCUGAGGAGGAAGCAGGCAUCAUAAUUCAGUCAUUUUGGAGGGGUUAUCGGGUCCGCUGUGAACUAGAGGUUCAAGAAUUACGUCAGUGGCAGAAGCAUUUGAGAGAAACGAAGAACAUUACAAAACGGGUGCAAGAAUUCUGGGUCAGACAAGAGAAAAAAGUGGGAGCCAAGAUAGAAGACUCAGCACAGCCCUCGCCAACUCAAUCAAACUUUUCAAGUAUUGCUGUGCCCAUUCUGAGCAGCUGGAAGCCUCUCAUCUCCAGGAACCAGGGCUGCAGACCACAGAACUUUGUGGCACCUGGGCUCAGUGGACUGGACACCAGAUCUGCCACCACUGUGAAAUGACCACA